CUUGAAAAAUGCGGUUAAGUUAUCAGAACUUAAAAGCUUAGUUGAUUUGCUGAAUACCCUUUGAAGGAUGAGGGGGUUGGUGAUAUUUUUGACAAGAACUUGAUGUUGUUUGCUUAGAUUAGAAGUUAUCAUUGUUUGAGUGUGUGCAUAUGAAUUUGAUGAUGUUUGUUGCGUGUAUUUAGUUUUUUCUCUCUUUUUCUUUUUGCUUUUGGGUAUAUCACUGUUUUGGAGUUUAGUCUAUUUGGGAUAAUGUGGAGUUAUUGCAGAUAAAGUAGUACGUCUUUAUCUGUUUAAGAGUAGCGUGGAAGAGUCUUGGUCUUUUGAGGGUCUAUCUGAAGUCAGCACACCGUUUACGGAGAAGUUGUUUCUUCUUCAUUGAAGCUGCCUUUCUCUUUUAUAGCCUGUUUAAUUGAUUUUCACACUUCAUUUUCUUAUGCACAGUCAGUAUACGAUUUUGUUGCAUUUGUGAAUUCAGGUCACUUGUGUAGAAUUGGGGCUUCCUUGGUGAUUUGGUGCUUCCGUGAUUCACUCUGUGUUGGAGUUAACCAGGGUUGUGCUAUUUGAAGAGUUCUUGAUUUUUUUUUUCGAUAAAUUGACUUGAUGGGAAACAAAAGCUCGAGCUCUAGGGAUGGAGGGAGUUGGAGGCAACCUUCAACAACUCGUUCUACUUCGUCCUCUGGGUGGCAGCAUGAUUAUGCGCAAUCAUCAUUUUCGCAGUACGCCCAAAAUUAUCCCGUACAGCAUCCUUAUCCGGCAGAAUAUCCACCACAAGAUCAAUAUUAUGCUCCCCCUCAAGAUCAAUACUACGCUCCUCCUCAAGAUUAUGAGACUCCAUCUGUAUCGCAUGCACCCACCCAAUAUAAUGCGCCUCCACCUCAAGCGCAUGCACCGCAAAAGAAGCUUGAUAGGAGGUAUUCAAGGAUUGCGGACAACUAUAGGUCAUUAGAGGAGGUGACUGAAGCUCUUGCACGUGCUGGUCUUGAGUCUUCCAACCUAAUUAUUGGGAUUGAUUUUACUAAGAGCAAUGAAUGGACAGGCAAGAGGUCGUACAAUGGUCGAAGCUUACAUCACAUUGGAAGUGGUCUGAAUCCCUAUGAACAAGCAAUAACAAUUAUUGGGAAAACCUUGGCCGCUUUUGAUGAUGAUAACUUGAUCCCGUGUUUUGGAUUUGGAGAUGCAUCCACCCAUGAUCAAGAUGUCUUCAGUUUCUACCCUGAUGAGAGAUUUUGCAAUGGAUUUGAGGAAGUUUUGAGCCGAUACAGAGAACUUGUUCCCAACCUAAAACUGGCAGGACCAACAUCAUUUGCACCAAUAAUUGAAAUGGCUAUGACUGUUGUUGAGCAGAGUGGAGGCCAGUACCAUGUUUUAUUGAUUAUUGCAGAUGGACAGGUUACGAGAAGUGUUGAUACCGAGUUUGGUCACUUAAGCCCUCAGGAGCAGAAAACUGUUCAAGCAAUUGUUGAAGCAAGCAAGUUGCCUUUAUCCAUUAUUUUGGUUGGGGUGGGAGACGGCCCUUGGGACAUGAUGAAGGAAUUUGAUGACAACAUCCCUGCACGAGACUUCGAUAAUUUCCAGUUUGUUAAUUUCACAGAGAUUAUGGCUAAAAAUGUGCACCAAACUCGAAAAGAAACUGAGUUUGCUCUUUCAGCAUUGAUGGAAAUUCCAUCUCAAUAUAAAGCAACUAUGGAGCUUAAUUUGUUGGGUGGACGGAAAGGAAAUAUUCCUGAGAGGGUUCCUCUUCCUCCUCCUGUCUAUGGGGGUGCAUUUGGCAUCAGUGCAAAACCCUCGCGCACAAAUACGUUUCAGCACAGCUCAAGUUCGUACUACGAGCACAAUGUUUCUGCUGAUGCGGCUCCUUCUGCUCCAAGUUCUACUUAUGAACACCAGAUAUGUCCCAUUUGCCUUAGUAGUCCCAAAGACAUGGCUUUUGGUUGUGGCCACCAGACAUGUUGUGAGUGUGGUCGAGAACUUCAGCUUUGUCCAAUUUGCCGGAGUCCCAUUGAGACGAGAAUAAAGCUCUACUAAGUAGCCUCAUCCGGACUUCAUUGGUACUAACCCCACCACCAAAUUCUUUACAUUAGUUCUUGAUGCAGAACGAAGCUUCUGUUUUUUUUUAUUUUUAAUGGUCCGGACUCUGUACAGAACGAAGUCAUAUAACCUUUUUGUACAUGAUUUGGUUGCCAUAUUGAUUCUAUUCUGCCCCAGCUCGAACAAGUUGAUGAAAUCAGACUGAAAACGCGGUUCACUGUUGAUAAAGUGGACAGUAAUGGAAAUUGAUUCUGUUGGCAGAUUUACUGAUGUGAAUGUUAUGAAAUUGCGACGGUGCAGUUGUUUCAAUUUGCUCUUUCUUACUGUGAGUUUUUAAAGUCGUCAUUUAUCAUGAUGCUACAUUAUCCAAGUGUAGCUUGCUCAGGCAGCCAGCAACUACUUGGACCUAACAGGAAUGUAAAUUCACACAGUUUUGUUUAUGGUGAGUACCUACCAUUCACCAAGAAUUGUGAAUCAGUAAAUACAGGGGCAAGUACUGCAAUGUAUCAGAUAUCACACACUCACCUACCAAUCUCACAAUCAACUAAAGCAGAUUGCAUGUAUGCACACAAGGGCUGUAUAAACAGCCCAUCUUCUUUCUUGAUCUCAUUCUCUUCAAGGGCAAUGGCCUCAAGUGCCAAAAUACCCUACCAGAGAAUACUGAGACAACAGACGACAACGGUAUUGGAGAGCCGCUGAUUAGGAGUAAAGUUGCCAAAGAAAAGCAGGCCCGGUGAACAUUGCAUGGGCUGAGAUUUGCAGAAGAUUCAAGGAAAGGUUAUCUUUCUGCUCGGAUCUCUCUCUUCUUGCAGCAGCUCACUCCACCAAAUCAGUUCAAAUCUGCACAAAGUGUGAUCUCUUCUGUGGUUCAUUAUGGGUAUUCUGUUUGAUCCUAGGUUGGUUCUUCUUUUGUAACCGUCUUUGAUUUCAGAAUGUUUGCAGCUUGUAAGGAACCAAGGAUGGACUGGUUGCAUUAUACUAUCAUGCGAUCAUACCGAGAAAUUGUUGGUUUUGUUAUCAAAUUUAUUAUUUAGACAUAAUUUUUAUUUCA